CUCACAUGACUGCUCCAAUGGAGACGCGGGUAAGGUGAGAACGAUGCAAGCGAUGGCAGCCCUCACCAAGCCUAACGGCCAUGGCUCCAAGCAUGACGGCGUCAUGGCCUCCCCGCCGUCGAUCUCCAUCGCCUGCACGCCAACCCACGAGGUGAGCCGGCCGCCACAGGGCAACGGAACCGCCGGUUCCUUCGCCUCUCGUGCGCGUCCACCCACGGACUCGCUGCCGCUCCAAGGCAGGGUGGCCAUCGUCACCGGAGGCUCCGGCGGCAUCGGAAGCGUCAUCACCGCCCACCUCGCCUCCCUCGGCGCCAAGGUGGUCAUAAGCUACAUCGGCGAUCCCACCCCGGCCAACCGCUUGGUCUCGGAGAUCAACUCAGCGUGCACCGAGCCCGGCCCGCGGGCCGUCGCGGUGGAGUCGGACGUAACAGACGAGGCACAAGUGAAGCUACUGUUCGACCGGGCGCAACUCGCGUUCGGCCCACUGAUCCACAUCGUCGUCGCCGCCGCCGGGGUGCAAGACCCCAAUUACCCGCCGCUGGCCGCGACGACCUUGGCGCAGUGGGAGUGGGUGUUCGGCACCAACGCCAAGGGCACGUUCCUUUGCUGCCGGGAGGCGGCCAACCGGGUGGUGCGCGGCGGCGGGGGACGGAUCAUCACGAUGUCGUCGUCGACGGUGGGAUCGCUGAGGCCGGGCUACAGCACGUACUCGGCCAGUAAGGGCGCCAUCGAGGUGAUGACGAGGGUCCUGGCGAAGGAGCUGAGGGGGACGAGGAUCACGGUGAACGGGGUGGCGCCGGGGCCGAUCGCCACGGCGUUGUUCUACCGCGGGAAGUCAGAGGAGCGGAUCGAGGCGAUCGAGGCGGAGAGCCCGCUGGGGCGGCUGGGCCAGCCGGAGGACGUGGCCCCCGUGGUGGGGUUCUUGGCGAGCGAUGCCGGGGAGUGGAUCAACGGUCAGAUCAUUCGGAUCAACGGUGGAUAUGUGUAGCACUAUACUGCUGCAACUUACUUCUCUUUCCUUCGUCUCCGCCAUGAGAGAACGCUUAAGCUGCUAAAUCCAAAAGGAUGGAUAUGUCACGUAACAAAACACUGCUCUGAACUGAAAGUGUUGCUAUAAUAACGAAAUUGAGUUGUAAAGGUUCCAUAAAGAAGGAUUUUGAUUGCUGAUAAUAAAGAACUUACUAUGAAAGCACUUUAAUUGAGGCCAAUAAAUUGAUGGCAUAGAGAU